AUGACUGGACCAACCACUUCAUCAUCGAGUAUUCUUCAUCGUGAUCUUCGAGUAACUCCAACUAUCAUCAAUCAUGCCAAUGGAAAUUAUCUCUACACGGAGACAUCACAAGAGAUUUUUGAUUCAGUUGGAGGUGCAGCCGUAAUUUCAGUUGGUCAUAAUAAUUCAGAAAUUAAUCAAGCUUUAAUUUCACAAUUGAAUAAAGUUUGUUAUAUACAUUCAGGUGAUGAAUUUACUACUGAAAUUUCUGAAGUUUUAGCAAAUUAUUUGAUUUCAAAUAAUAAAGAAAUUGAUCGAGUAUAUUUUGCUAAUCUGGGAAGUGAAGCCAAUGAAGCUGCUAUAAAAUUGGCAGUUCAAUAUUGGUAUGAAUUAGGAAAGCCAACAAAGAAUCAAUUUAUUUCCAGAAAUCAAUCUUAUCAUGGAAAUUGUCUCGGUGGGAUGUCAUUAUCUGGUCAUGUUGCUAGAAGAAAACCAUAUGAAGAAAUAAUUGAUAGUAAAAGAUUUCAUAAAGUCAGUCCAUGUUACGAAUUCAGAUACAAGAAAGAAGGUGAAACUAGUGAAGAAUACACUCAAAGAUUAUUGGAUGAAUUGGAAGAAAAGAUUACAGAAGUUGGUCCGGAGAAUAUUGCUGCUUUCUUUGCCGAAACAGUAGUUGGUGCUACCACA